AGGUCCACUCCACAGCCCAGGUUCACUCCACAGCCCAGGUCCACUCCACAGCCCAGGUCCACUCCACAGCCCAGGUCCACUCCACAGCCCAGGUCCACUCCAGUUCACCUGAACAUCUGACACCACUUGAUGCUUCUGCUGAUAUUACAUACACGCCUGCUGAGAACACUGCAUCUCAGCCAAAUACAGAGACUGGCUCAGUUUUGCCCCUUUCUGCUAUAGUUGAGGAUUCCUCCACUUACAUCACAGAUCUAAGUGUUCAUGUUUACAAGGGAACACCCCCAUUAAUGGGUUCUCCAACACCCUCCUCUUAUGUUACAGAGGACUCCUUGAUUUCCAGAGGGACCGACUCUGAAGGCUCUCCUUAUCCACGCCCCACUGAUAUCCCUGCAUAUGUUAAUACUGCUGAGGCUGUACCAACUCCUCUUAAACUUGUCUCCCACAGAAAGAAAACUACAAUAAGGGGAACAGAUGUUCUCUCUACAAUGUCAGAAAGUCCCACCGUCAUGAGGGACCCUACUCCGUCACAGACACCAUUAAUAAAUGAGCAUACUUAUCUUCCUCACUGGAACUCAGUGGAACUCAAUGGACAUAGUAGGUAUCUUUCUCUAGCACCUGUCUCCUCUCACUCACCUGACAGAGCAUUCUCCCCUGGUGCAUCUACACUGAUGUCAAAUGGGAGUGAGGAGACCUUUGUUGGACACACAUCUGUCACAUAUUCUAAAGUGACACCAUUACCCAAGCCCUGGAGUUUGACACCAGCCAAUCUGAUGGCUUCUAUAUCCUCCACUACACAGAAGAGAACCACGGAGAACAACACUCCCCUGUCAGAGGGGGUAACAUCAGCAUUAUCAGUGUCCAUGCCAGAGAACAACACUCCCCUGUUAGAGGGGGUAACAUCAGCAUUAUCAGUGUCCAUGCCAGAGAACAACACUCCCCUGUUAGAGGGGGUAACCCCAGCAUUAUCAGUGUCCAUGCCAGAGAACAACACUCCCCUGUUAGAGGGGGUAACAUCAGCAUUAUCAGUGUCCAUGCCAGAGAACAACACUCCCCUGUUAGAGGGGGUAACAUCAGCAUUAUCAGUGUCCAUGCCAGAGAACAACACUCCCCUGUUAGAGGGGGUAACAUCAGCAUUAUCAGUGUCCAUGCCAGAGAACAACUCUCCCCUGUUAGAGGGGGUAACAUCAGCAUUAUCAGUGUCCAUGCCAGAGAACAACUCUCCCCUGUUAGAGGGGGUAACAUCAGCAUUAUCAGUGUCCAUGCCAGAGAACAACUCUCCCCUGUUAGAGGGGGUAACAUCAGCAUUAUCAGUGUCCAUGCCAGAGAACAACUCUCCCCUGUUAGAGGGGGUAACAUCAGCAUUAUCAGUGUCCAUGCCAGAGAACAACUCUCCCCUGUUAGAGGGGGUAACAUCAGCAUUAUCAGUGUCCAUGCCAGAGAACAACACUCCCCUGUUAGAGGGGGUAACAUCAGCAUUAUCAGUGUCCAUGCCAGAGAACAACACUCCCCUGUUAGAGGGGGUAACAUCAGCAUUAUCAGUGUCCAUGCCAGAGAACAACACUCCCCUGUUAGAGGGGGUAACAUCAGCAUUAUCAGUGUCCAUGCCAGAGAACAACACUCCCCUGUUAGAGGGGGUAACCCCAGCAUUAUCAGUGUCCAUGCCAGAGAACAACACUCCACUGUUAGAAGGGGUAACAUCAGCAUUAUCAGUGUCCAUGCCAGAGAACAACACUCCCCUGUUAGAAGGGGUAACAUCAGCAUUAUCAGUGUCCAUGCCAGAGAACAACACUCCUCUGUUAUCAUCAUUAUCGUCAUCAUCAUCUUCAUCACCAUCUUCAUCAUUAUCAUCAUCUUCAUCACCAUCAGCAAUAUCUUCAUCACCAUUGUCUUCAUCAUCUUCAGCCUUGUUAUCAAUGACAUCGUCAUCAUCUGUCGUGUCACACCAAUCUCACAUCAGCAGUGUGUCCAGUCUCACCACAGCUCCCAGUCUGUCCUCCCUCUCCAUGGAACGUUCUGAUUCAACAUCAUCAUCCACUUCUGGGUUGAGUUUGAGUGUGAUGUCACCAUCCCCAUCAAGUCUCUUCCCCUCCACUGGUAUGACGUCAUCACCCUCUGCCCUUUUGUCACCUGCUCUUACAUCAUCAUCCUCUGCCCUCAUGUCCCGUGGUGUGACUUCAUCACCCAGCGCCCUGGCAUCCAGUGUGACAUCAUCAUCCACUGUCCGCUUGACCACUGGUAUGAUGUCAUCUUCCUCCGCACUCAUAUCUCGCGGUGUUACAUCAUCAUUAAUCGCCCUGGCAUCCAGUGUGACAUCAUCAUUCCCCUCCCAUCUCUCAGAGGAAGUGAGUGUGACUUCUGUUCUUGUUACAGAGACAGCGAUGGAGGAGUUAACCGUGGGAACAUCCAGAGAGACAGGGGUUCAUUUCCCCAAAGACAACGAGACCAGAUUAUCCCAAACAGGGAACCUCACCUUAGCCGACAGGCCUGCACUCACCACAUCACAGGUGUCACCUUUGACCCCUCAAGAGGACACAACGACCGCAUCCCUCCAGCUCACGACCGUGACCACCACAACCAUAGCUUCAACCACAACCACAACACAGCCAAUCACAGAGAGCCCAACCACGACAACAACACGCAGAACCACCACUGCUCCACCCUCCAGGAGGACACUGUCACCUCCAAUCCCAAAGACCAAACCCAGAGGGACGACCACCCUGUUCCCCUUCACCACCACCACGGAGGCUCCCCCUCGGCAGUGCAACGUCACAGAGAAGAUCUGGGUUAAAACAAUUCUCACCAUCCAUGUGAGAAGGAACCGCCUGGACAGCAUCCAGAGACAGAACCUGCGUAGAGGGCUGACCCAGGCUCUGAGUAGAGCUCUGAAUGACACCACUGCCCAGGCUCAGGUGGAGACUGUGUUUGGCUCUCCCAACGUGACGGUGGGCUACCACGUAAUUGGAGCAGACAUGGUGUACCCGCCCUCUGUGGUGGUCGAGGCGCUUCACUCCUACGGCCGGGAUAGGCUGAUGGGUGACGUGCGACAGUUUGUCCCCAUGGUAACGGCGCUGCCCAACACAGCCGCACCAUGGAAAACCAGCCCAGCUAUCAGCCUCCAGCUCAAAACAGUUCUGCGCUUCGUAGGUCCAGGAGAUGACCCGCGUUCCUGUCGGUUCUCGCAGAUGAUGGAACAGAGGCUGGAGAACGUGUUCUCUGAGGCCCAGGCCAAAGUCCUGGACGUCCACACCAGACUCUCUGUCCAGAUGCUGAGUGUGUCUCAGUCAGUGGGUUCUCCUGCUGUGUCUCUGGUCUACAUGGUGAGGAACGGGACCGCCCCUCUCAACGGCACCGCCGCCUCUAACCUCCUGGGUCAGCUGACUGCCGAGAUGGUCGGCUACUUCCUGUUCUACCCACCGCUGGUCAUUGCUGAACCGUUGGAAUACCACAACCUCAAUACCUCCAUCGCUACCAGAGACUUCUGGGUAAUCACAGUCAUCCUGGAUGUGGAUAACUCAUCUCUGGAGAGCCAGUACCAGAGCUUUGCCAGUCUCAUGGAGCAGCGCCUGGCUGAGCUGUUUGUGGUUGCUCGCCAGCAGGGCACUCGCUUCAGGAGAGCCACCACUGUGGACAGCUACACUGUCCAGAUGGUGAGUAUCCGUCGAGUGAUGGGUCAGAAGAACCCAGCAGAGAUGACCUACUACGUUCAGCUGAACGGUCUUCCGUUACUGGGCACGUCAGCCGCCAAGGUCCUGAACACGCUGGACUCUCAGACCAUGGCCCUCACACUGGGUUACUUCGUUCAGCUGCAGGCUGAACCCGUGGUGAAGAAUCCUCCCAACAAUCUGUGGAUCAUCGCAGCGGUGCUGGCCCCUAUCGCCGUGGUAACGCUCAUCAUCAUCAUCAUCACCGCCGUGCUCUGCCGGAAGAACAAGAGCGACUUCAAAGCCGACGCCAUGGGCAACCUCAACCCCCGUGUCAAGACGUCAUAUCGGAGGGAUGUUACAGGAUAUUACCACCAGCCUGUCCAGGGGUUUGACUAUGCCAAGCAGCACCUGGGCCGGGUGCAGGGUGGGGAGGGAGAGACCCUCCCCGUGACCCAGGACACCCUGGUGCUGCCCCUGCCCAUCCGGGAAGCCCCCCUCUCCCUCUCCCUGGAGAAGGCCCUGCACCAGGACGGCACCGCCAACAAGAAGACCCUCAACUCGGACAUACGCAAGAGCAGGUUGCCGAGCGAGGACGGUUCCGUCAUCAGCAACGAAUCAGAGAAGCUCAACUCUGGUCGGGGCUUGGCAGCUCAGAAAGUCACAGCACAGCAGAAAUUGACAAAGGAGGAAACACGCAAGAAGAACGAUCCCUACGACACCUCAUUUGGUUCCCUGCAGCUUAUUUCCAUAAAGCCCAUGACUGCUCCGCCCACCUAUUCACACCCCGCCUCCUCUGACCGCAGCCAAGACUCAGCCAUCCUCAAUGGAAAUGGAGAGGUGAACCUAGCUCUGAAGCAGAAGUCCGACAUAGAGCACUACAGGAACAAGCUGAGGCUGAAGGCUAAGAGGAAAGGCUACUAUGACUUCCCCUCAGCGGAUGGCAGCGGGACUGGGAGCAGGGCGCUGGCACAGAGACACGGACAUGAGAGGGCACCUGGAGAGCAUGGCCCACCACUGGAGCCUGAUGAAGACCGGGCAUCCACCUACGUCAAGUCCAGCAGGAGACACUCUCAGGUGAGGCAGCGGACCUAUCGGAGCAGGCAGAGCCUGAACAGCCCGAGUACCGGAGGAACAGAGAUGGACCUGCUGGUUAUGAGGGAGAGACCCAGGAGAGGCAUCAGGAACAGCGGCUACGACACUGAACCGGAGCUGAUUGAGGAGACCAACGUGGAUCGUCUGAUUGGCCCGCGGGGGGGUUAUGUCUGCCCCAGAGGGGUCAAAGGUCACUCAGAGACCUCCACGUUGAGCUCCCAGCCGUCCAUCGACGAGGUACGCCAGCAGAUGCACCUGCUCUUGGAGGAGGCCUUCAGCCUGGCCUCAGGGGGACACUCCUCCACAGCCGGACGCCACCACCACUCCCAUCACCCCCACCACGGUUACCACCACGGCCACUACAGCCCCGGACCUCCACCCCUGCCCUACUCUGACGUGGUGACCAGUGCCCCGGGAACCAUGAGCCGUGGCCGGGGAGGAGGGCUGCAGUGGGUGCCGGCGUACGGAGCAGAUAUGUAUCAGUGCAGCCUCCCCAAACCUGCCUUUAGGUUCACCCAGCUUCCUGACAUGGUUAUGGCCUCUUCUCCACCCCCUAUUCCCCCUCGCACCGGCCCCCCUCCUGGGACCUCUCUAAGACGCUCGUCGCCUGACCUGGGGUCCAAGGCCAGGAUCUCAGAGUCUGGGACCAACAUGACGGACAUGCAGACCCAGCAUAAUGACAGCAGCGCCCCCUAUGUCUCUCUCUCCAGAGCAGCACUCCCCUCAGUCCCCCUCUCCAGAGCAGCACUCCCCUCAGUCCCCCUCUCCAGAGCAGCACUCCCCUCAGUCCCCCUCUCCAGAGCAGCACUCACCUCAGUCCCCCUCUCCAGAGCAGCACUCCCCUCAGUCCCCCUCUCCAGAGCAGCACUCCCCUCAGUCCCGCUCUCCAGAGCAGCACUCCCCUCAGUCACAGCAGAACAGCCGGUGUCCACCUACUCAGGAAACCCCAUCACAGCGGUGUACGCCAUCCCAGCCUCGCGGUCGGGUUACUCUGAGUACUUUGCCUCCACGCCCCCGUCCUCCUACCACAGCCCAUCCUGGAUGUCCUACCCCCCCGAGCCUGAGGACGUGCCCCCCCAGUGGGCUGACUCUGUGGCUCUCCCAGGGUACGUGGAGGCCUUUCCUCAUCCUCGCUACCCUCAAGGCAGCUCCCCCAGACUCCCCCUACACUAUGGCCAGGCCAUGGAGCCACCCCCCACCGCGACCACCGCUGCGUCCCAGCAGAGCCUGCCCGAUGCGGGGGAGGCCAGAGACAGAGUCCCACUCAGCAGUCUCUCCACAUCCGCCCUGGUCCAGGCCAUCCGCCAGGAGGUGGCAAAGCUGGCCAAGAAACAGACAGACAUGUUUGAGUUCCAGGUGUAAUCCCUCCCUCUAGUGGCCGGGAGGUGGAAUUGCAGCACUCUCUUUUCUGAACAACACUAGAGACUAAACAAACUCUCAAACUCAGCUUUUUUGACAGUUGUAUAUUAAGACUGAUAAAAGCCUCUUUCUUUCUUUCUAUUUCUCUCUCUCUCCCCCUCUGUCAUUGUGGGAAAAUCUCACGUUGCUCUGAUGUGUUUCAUCACCAUGCUGUUAUUUUGGAGUUACUGAAGGGUGAAAGUGUUCUAUCUCAAACUGUCAGUCAUCUCUUCUUAACGAUGUCUCUAUAGUUACAUUACAUCACCUGUUCCUUUACAUUGUACAUAUGUCAUCCCCACAUCAAAAGACCUGUAAUAAUGAAAGAUGAGUGUUUCUCUAACCAGGACAGUAACCUUAGCAACCCACAGAGGAGUAUGUCAUGACAUCAAUAGAACAAUUGAUGAGGCAGAGAGACUCGUCACAUGUUCAUGCACAAAGGUCCAACCACUUCAGAACAUCAGAAUGAAGUGAUAACAAGCUUAGGGUUUUUGGAGGAUAUAUUGGCAGGGUUGUUGUUAGGCCUGAGAUCAAGUCGAGGGCAGGCAGACUGUGCCACUAUAUCCUCCAAACACCGGCUUCGAGGGCAUCACUUUUAUACAAUGUGUUACGAACAUAUUCAAAUAAUGAUUGACAUAUUUUCAUUAAAAAACUGUAUUUUGAUGAAUUUAUUCAUACUAUUACAUCCUUCCACAAGAUAUAGUCCCGACACAAAUCUAGCCGGCUUGUCGUUCGUUCUAUCAGUUCGGUUGCUACAGUAGAGAUGCGACACACAGUCGUUCAGUCUUUUUGUUCUGUAUUUAUGGAUGCGACCCAGUCAUUUGUUCUAAAUGUUCAAUUUCCAUACUGGCUGGCAACGUUCUUAUCCCUUUCUUUCCAGUUAGCCUACUAAGGCUAACUUACAGAUAGAAUAACAGCAACUUAGUUGCAUUUGCAUUUGUUUUAGCUGUUUUCUAGAGAUAUUUAUUUGGAUAAAUCCAUAACAAUGAGCAAUGAGGCUUGAUUUUGCCUGGCAUACAAAAUGUGCUCACUUGUCAGGACAAUGUUGUUCAGAGGAGCUAGCCAACAACACAGCUAACAGCUACUUCAAACUGAAGCUGGAAAGACUGCAAACUAGCUGCACUUUGUUUAGUUUUACCUUUUUUCAAUUGACAUUUCUUUGUAUAUAUCCAUAAAAAUAAUACCAGCUGAUUCAUGAUUUUGACUUGUUGAGAAACGCUGCCUGUCUGUCUUGUCCCGACUCCCGACAUGUUCAUUACUAUGGGACAGCUGGAGAUAAAAUUGGAAUAUUGAAACAAUGUUGCAAAUGUCGGAGAGACAGACAGCAAGUUUUAUACAAAUCUCCGCUGUUGAAAACUAAAUGUUAGUCUAAAGGAAAUGUGAGAUAAUGUCUAGAUGCUUUUUAUAGUGGAGAUUAAGUUUAUAAAUUCCUUGGCUGGGAUGAUGAGACAGUGGAUUGCGCAGUCAUAUGGAACUGAGUAAAUAGGCAUUUUAACAUCAUAGAUUUAGCCGUUGGUAACUUGUGGAAUAGACACCGGCUGGAAUGCAGUUUUAACCAAUCAGCAUUCAGGAUUAGACCCACCCGUUGUAUAAUGUGUAUAUAUAAGCAUGUAGAGAGAUGCCAUGUAUCUUAGCUCUUUUUAUAGAACAAGUACAUUUCACCUAAAAGAGAGACACCUGUUUUGUUGUCAUCUCCAAUGGUCCUGAGUAUUCCAUCCACUGACUGAGAGGGGAUUUAGCUUGUUAUGUUCUUCAAUGACAAUUGAGAACUGAGUCAGAUUCCCCUUUCCUGUGCUCAGCCAUGUCUUCUAAGUAUCAUUUCAAGCAGUUUGAAAACAACAUGAGUGGUCUGUUUUGUAACAUCGGACCACAAAUUAGGCACAAUUGAAGUCAGUAGAUUUAAUGAAGGGUGUUGAUUUUCUCCAAAGAAAAGGAGGUGCUGGUAUUGUAUAUGAAUGGAUAUGAAUAGUGAGCUGAGAUCUGACACCAUGUUUGGAAGAAACACACUUUUCAGAACACAUGUGCCUCAUAAAUUGUGAUUAUUUUGUCGACAAACACUUGAAUCGUAAGGACGCCAACAACAAGUUCACUUGUUUCUUGACGUUGCCUCCAAACUGCCUUUCACAACGUGAACAUGAUCAUAAAUCCAGUACUAUAGCCCUUUUCUUGGACACGGUAAAGUUGGACUGAGUUUAACACAACUGUAAAUACAUGUGUUUCUUAACAGAAAGGAGAGAGGACACUUUAAACGCUGACACAGUGCUCAGUUAGAUUUCUUUUUUCUUUAGAAAUCAUAAAGAAAUCAUAAAUUGGCCACAGAAUCCACUCAGCAAUGUUACAGAAAGUAGGUAUUGCACUGUAAUGAUUCUACAUAACAGAGGGUCAUAUCUGUUCUACACAAUACAUUUCUACAUUCUGUAAUGUUUUGUCUUCUAGUAAUGAUCAGAUAAGACAAAAAACAGACUGACUCUUUGACAUUUUAGGACUGGAGAUGUGCAUCUAUGGUUUAAUGCACAAAAUCCCCAGGAUUGAUUGGCACAAGGUCCUCUAGUAGGUAUAAUGGUACUAUGCUGUUACAUAAGGUCAGUGGUGGACUGGGACACUGCUAACUACAUAAAGAUUGGUUUGAGCUUUGAAGACCAAGGUGCUCUCAGUAGUGCAUUCUUUGCAUCAUAUUGUGAAAGUCUAUCCCAAUGAGUUUGAUCUCCUUGAUGAUUGUACUGUAACUUUUUAUUUUGAACGAGAACCAGCUCAAAUGCACUUUAUCCUAUGGGUAUAUGUCUGUUGUGUUAACUGUUGCUGGACAGGAAGGUGAGAAGGUUAGGGCAGCUCCCAGUCCUGGAGUUUGGUCCUCUACAUGGAGUCUGGCUUUCAUUCUCUCACUCCCAGUGAGUGAACACACCUUGUCUGAAGGUUGCUCCUAUUCAGUAUAGUAUUCAUACAGUGGCUCUUGGUAUUAUAAUGGAUGGACAUGGCAUGCAUGAGUCUACACAUGGAACCCAAGACUGAGAUGAGGCUGGUUUGAUUAUCUUUAAUAAGAGGAACAAGUGACAGGGGGAAGAGUGUAAUCGUUUUGGUCACAGUAUACCAAAGAAUGGGUGGACGAGCAUAUCACCUCACACAUCGUAGGUGGUAUUGCAACAACAAAAAAUACUUUUAAUUCUCAAAUGACUGUAAUGCUAAGAUAAGAGAGGUAAUGAACUGUUAAAAUGAAGAGUUGUCCCAGAUAUGUAACAUAUUUUCUCCUUCUGUGUUUAUCAUGACGACACAUUAUUGUAUUAUUUCAGAUGUAGAUGAUAGUUUUUCACCCUGAUUUCCUUUCUUUACUGACCCCCUGUACAGUAGACUAUCUGUUUUCAGAUGCACCCUGGAAGAUUAGGUUUUCCAGCCCGUCCAGUGUGUCUGUGUGUAAAUAGAAGAGGAAUACUCUCUCUUACUGUAACUCCAAACCAGAACUCUGUUGCUUUUCUGGUUCCAGCAUUUCUUUUGCUGAUGGACUGACAACACUCAUAGUUGUGUUGUGGAUGGACAGUUAUAUUACUAUGUAGCUGCUGUAUUGUACAAUGAAUCCCUUUCUGUCUGUUCUGUAGAUGCUGACCAGUUUUGUGUUGAAAUGAACACAUUUCACAUUUGAAUGCUGAUACAUCAGUCUGAAGAGAGAAACAGGAUGCCAGAUUAUGCGAUUUGAAUCUUUGCAAAUUAACUCAAUAAAAGUGAUGACAGAUUGGCUGUUUGAUGGGGAA